GAGUGGUGGUGACGGCAGGCAGCGCGGAGUCCCGGGUCCAUCGGAUCGCGAGCGCGCUGUCGCCCACCGCAGGCGCAGGUGGCGCGCCCCACGCACUUCCCGUUCUCACAUCCCAUCGCCGCUAUACUUCGCUCGGCCGUGAAGCGUCUCGUCUCCCCCCACCGAUCCACCACCCAUCCCUCCCCCCGCCUCCGCCUCCGGCCAUGUCGUCGCCGUCGGUGCCCAGCCUCCGCCUCCCGCUGCGCCUGUCGCCUCUCCCUCGCCGCGCCUCCUCUGCGGUGCCCUCCCGCGCGCACGCGCCGUCGUCCCGCGCCGCACUCCUCCUAAAACCCCUCGCGUCCAGGGCGCCCGCGUCGUGCCACCAGCCCGGGCUCCUCCUCCUCCUCCAGCGCCGCCGCCAUGGGCCGCCUGCGGUUGCCGCGACCGCCACCUCCAAGCCGGUCCUCAAGGACCCGAAGAAGUAUCAGGAGUGGGACUCCAUGACGGCCAAGUUCGCCGGCGCCGCCAACGUCCCCUUCCUCCUCCUCCAGCUCCCGCAGAUCGUCCUCAACGCCCGCAACCUCCUCGCCGGCAACAAGACCGCCCUCUUCGCUGUCCCAUGGCUCGGGAUGCUCACUGGGCUGCUCGGAAACCUCUCGCUGCUGUCUUAUUUCGCCAAGAAGAAGGAGACGGAAGCUGUCAUCGUGCAGACUCUGGGCGUCAUCUCUACCUAUGCUGUCCUCGUCCAGCUUGCCAUGGCGGAGUCCAUGCCGGUGCCGCAGUUUGUGGCCACUUCAGUCAUCGUGGCCGCCGGCCUGCUCCUGAACUUCCUCAAUUAUUUUGGUUGGCUCCCUGGAACCCUCUGGCUGCUGUGGGAGGAUUUCAUCACAGUCGGUGGCCUUGCCGUGCUCCCUCAGGUCAUGUGGUCAACAUUUGUUCCCUUCAUCCCCAAUAGCGUACUGCCGGGCAUAAUCUCUGGUUCUUUGGCUGUUGCAGCUGUUGCAAUGGCAAGGAUGGGCAAGCUUUCCAAGGGAGGGGUUAAAUUUGUUGGAUUAUUGUCUGGUUGGACAGCCACGUUUCUCUUCAUGUGGAUGCCAGUGGCACAGAUGUGGACAAAUUACCUCAACCCAAGUAACAUCAAAGGGUUGUCAGCUUUCAGCAUGUUGCUUGCAAUGCUUGGAAAUGGACUUAUGAUUCCUCGUGCUGUAUUUAUCCGAGAUUUGAUGUGGUUCACUGGUUCUGCUUGGGCAUCUGUCCUACAGGGUUGGGGCAACUUGGCAUGCAUGUACUGCUUCGAUAGCAUCAGCAGAGAAUUUUUCUUCGCGACAACAUCUGGGCUGCUUCUAUGGCUAGGAUUUACUCUCUGGAGAGAUACCAUUGCCCAUGGCAACAGCUCACCCUUGACUUCUUUGAAGGAGAUGGUUUUCGGAAAGUGAUAAGCCGCAACUUCAUUUCUCAUGCACUUGAAGCAGUUAACUGUUCCAUGGUAGGAAGCUCUCCUACAAUAAAUCCUGGUGACUGCCAAGAACGGUGGUUUGGUUACUCUCUUUUGGUCUAAAGAACGGUGGUUCAGUCCUGGCAUUGAGGUGAAACACUGGUCAGCUGAAGGCUAUCAUCAUUUCCAUGGGCCCGGUGAAGUACUGAAAUGGAAGUUCCCACUUCCCCAGCCUGCAGAAAGCGCCAUGUGAUUAUACAGAAGCUACCGCGUGACCAGCUUGUACAUCCGGCAGGGAGGGUAGUAGCAGUUCUCUAGUCGAUGUAAGAAAAAGAAAAAAUGUUCUCUUGAAUAAGAUUUCAGCUCUUGCUGGCGUGCAGAUGUGCAUCCAUUGCC